AAGAGUGUACUGAUCUGGCAACGCCACAAUUGCCGGCUGCCGGCACCGAUAAGCGAUUAUUGAGUCGGCUUUUGUUUGGUUUGAAUUUUAUAAAUAAAAUCAAACACUAGCACCAUGUCGGGCCAACGAAAGGACAUGUGGAAGCUACUCUACAACCACGUGAACCGAAACGCAGCUAACCUGGCCCAGGUGUACACGGUAAUUGAAGAUAUACUCUGUCAGGAGCCGAGUCUCAUAAGUUGCUCCCUGGUGCGGGAACUGCACAAUGGAUUCCAAGAUACAUUUCUAUUGUGGCUACUCAACAAGUUGGCCAAGUGCCUGAGCGAAUCCGGGAAUAGCAGCGAAUGCAUCAAGCUCCAGCAGAAGAUCCUCACUUCUUGCUGCUCCAAUCAUCCGAAGCUGUAUGAGCGUCUAGUGUUGGCCUAUGUGGAGGCCCUGCAAGAGAUUCAACUGCGACUCAGUGCCUUGGACUACAGUAAGGGACAAGAACGAGAUAACAGAGGCAUCAGCAUAUCCGUUUUCAAAUGCGAUGUGGCUUGUCUCCAGGAAUUUGACCCGCAGUGCGCCUUGGAGGACAUCUAUCUUCCCGUGGAGAAAGCAGACUCGUUUGCAAAGCAUUUGCUGGCAGUUCUGCAGCACGCUCAGCUUAUUGGGCACUCAACCCAUGCAGAGAUUUUCUGCUCCAGCUUGCACCAAGCACUGCUUAUUCUCAAGGAGUGCGACAUGGACACAAAACUUUCUAGUUUGGACUAUUGUCACAAUGUCCUGCAGACGCAAUCUAUUGUCAACUGGAAAAGAGAGCCAGAUGUAGCCCACUACGCACAAUUGACGCUGGAGGCGAUCUAUGCUAUGUGGUCCAUGGUAGCCAAGUGGCUCGAAACUGGAUGCAUGUCCCGCCAGGAACUUAAGCGGCUGGAUGACUCUACCCAGCAGCUUCUUCUUGUUCUUAAAAACCAUGGGGCAGGGACUCUACAGCUAGGAUACCUGCUCUUGAAUGAGGUCCUGGGACUGCCAGAAGUGGAACUUCAUAGUUCCUUGCUGGAAAGUAUAAGCCACUAUCUCCAACAGCUGCUCGAUCAUUCCACAAGCUCGCCGGAUCAGUUGGUCCUCUUGCAUGAACUGGCCAAGAGCCAUUGGCGCUCGCAUCCCGCUCAUUUAUUGCCACUGAUGGCAUCUGUGGCUGUUAAAUCCCCCGAUAGCCGUAAACAAGUGAUUGAAUCUCUAACGAAUGUACUUGUGCUUAUCUUGGAGAGGAAAGAAGUUUCAGUGAACGAUUGGCGGGAGGCGACCGAAACUUUAAAGGCAUUCAGGCAGCUGGAGCUGCUUAUCUUGCGGCAGAGUCAGGAGCGAGUAGUAGAGCAAGAGGGCGAACUCAGUUUUUCUGUACUGGCUAGACUACCACUACAAUGUGAACUUCCAAAAGACUCAAACGUAAACUGGAACUCCCUAUCCGUGAAAUUACUCGAAAAGGAAAGCAAGUGCUCUUUGGAAACCUUCCUGGAAGUUUGCUCUCUACUACUGCAGGUUACCUAUAUCCGGCAAUCCAUGAAGUCCCAAACGCAACACCAGUUACUGGCUGUUCUUGAGCGCCACAUGGAAAUGUCCCAUCUGUAUGCCAUACGCUUGGAGACGCCGUCCAGUGCCCACACCCAGAUGAAAUCCUUCUACGCCCAGCACUUUCAAGACCUCAUUCGAUCAAAAGAGCAAGAUGACUUUUGGCUUAACCUGCCACUCUUGUACAUAGCCGGUUAUGUGAAGCCGGAGCAGUUAAUAAAGUCUGUUUCAAUCGCCGGCCAGGCUGGUCGGCACCAAGUGAUCCGUUUACUGAUCUGCUCAAACGCAGGGCCUCUAAGUGCGUUCAAAGUAAAAGGAGGCAUUGAACUGCACUGUCCUAGAUGCCAACCUUUGCCGGAGAAGCUCCCUGGCAUUUUCCUGGGCAAGUCCAAGCAGCAAUCAUUCAAUCUGGAUUUCUCCAGUGCCAUCACUGAACAAAUAGCCAAGGAUUUGUUGUACAAAUCAGACUCGGAGUACAUUGCACAACAUCUGGACUCGUUGAGCAUCGAACCGAAUAUGAUCGUGCGGCUGCUAACAGAGACGAAGAACAUGCGGGAACUCAAUGAAAGGAGUCUCAGUCUUUUGGUGCCUGUAAUGACUGCUCGGUCAUCUGAUUUCAUGCAACAGUGGGCUUCUUUUGUCUUGGGUGUCAUAAAAUCUAUGCUGGCAAACCCACUGGAGGACCAAGAAAUCCUAGAACAACGAGCAUUGUUACGGGUCAUCAUCGCCACUGCCUAUCCAGAGAUGGAAGAGCUGUGGCUGUUCCACUGGUUCAAAAUGACAUUCUUCCUUCUGGUGCACAUUCGCUCUCUGGUGGCUCAGGAAGCGGUUUUGGCCGCCACCGAGAUGUGCGCCAGCCAUGGCCUGCAAACGAUCAACCUGUGGAACUGGUAUCGUCGGGAUGCUCUUGACUUGGUUGUGCGUUUGGCUCUUACAGCAUACUUAUCAGAUGGUGUGCGCUUUACCCGAUCCCUCAGAGCGCUUACGAAAAUGCUGGGUUUCUCGUGUGUCCAAGAGUUUACGUGCAAGUACCAUCGCCUUCUGACCGCCAUGGUGCUGCCGCACUGCAUCGUCGAGCCACGCUGCAAGGGAGUCUUGGUGUUGAUAGCAAAGCAGUUGCGCAAACCCAUCGCCACUCUAUUUUCGACCUCUUUCUUAAGGAUCUAUACUCAUGUCUAUCUAACCGAAGACCCGGAGUUGGCCAACAACUGCAUCGAGCUGGUGGUCAGCUGCACCCAGUCCAGUUUGCAGCAGUUGAUGAAUGCUGAUGUGAAACAAACGGUGGCUGAGCUCCUGAUUUACUUUAAUCGCAAUCCCACUUUUGUGAUGCGCUCCUUCCAAAGUCUGCUGCAGCUCUCAACGGAGGAGGAGCUCUCCAGCCAAGCGGCCAAUGCGGAAUUUGCCACGUUUAUUGCAGAACGCUUUCUGGGAGUGAUUACCUUCUUUGAGAGCUGCCUGAGCGAACCGUCGUUCGAGAAACCGCUCAAGGAGGAGACCCUGUACAGCCUGGGUCAGAUCAUGCGCUUCGUGGGCUCCCAGCACGUGACACAGUUCCGUUUCAAGAUCAUCGCCAUGCUGAGUUUUGUGCAUACCCUAGAGGAGCCUCGAUUGCAACGCAUCUGUCUUAAGAUCUGGCACAUUUUCCUUCACGUGGUUAACAUGCAGGACUUGGGCCCGUCGCUGGGUAGAAUUGUAGCCACCUUACUGCCGCUUCUGGCAGAUGGAGUGAGCGUGGAUCAGGUCAACGAACUAUACGAGUUUGUGAUUCUCCGCAAUGCCUCCAUGCUGGGAAACUACAUAGCAGAUCUUUACUUUUUGGAGCGGAAUGAGAAAGUAUCGCAGUCCAUUAGAAAGUGCAUCAGAAGACACACCGCUCACCUGGACUUCGGAGGAGGUGUGGAGGAGGAGGGUCAAUCCCAGCCAUCAGCUCAGUUGCUGGAGCAGCUCCGUUUCUUGUACAAGCACAUCACCGACGAGUGCCUCCAAGUGCGGGUCUAUGCGCUCCAGCACCUGGGCGAGCUCUUCGUCCGAAAGCGAUCCCAGCUCAACAGCACGAUCCUCACCCGGCUCCCUCUGGAGCCUUUGCUGGAACAGAUCGUCAAUGACCUGAUGGCGGGAUGCCAGCAUGAUGACAGGCAGUUGCAAAUGGCGUCGGCCAAGUGCCUUGGGGAGCUAGGUGCCAUCGAUGCCAGCUAUCUGCCCUCGCAUUACAACUUUGAUGCUCCCCAGCAGCUGCCUCUGAAUGUUCUCUCCGAUGACUUCGCCGUGUUAGCCCUCACAGCUUUGUGCCGAGGCUAUCAGUUCCAGCAGAAGACCAAGCAUGUGGACAGCUUCUCGCUGGCCAUCCAAGAAACUCUGGCCGUGUGCGGCAUAUCGCCCAAGGAGAACAAGAAAGUGGAGCUCUGGCAGUCCCUACCCGACCGCAUGCGUCAGGUGAUGGAACCGCUGCUUCACUCCUGCUACACCAGCUGCCAGCGACCCAGCAGUUGCACUCAGCAGCCUCUGUUUGGAAGCCACUAUUCCAACAACUUCUACGAGGAGUGGGCUUUCCUCUGGGCGAGCCGAUUGAUCGACUAUGUCCAGUCCUCGGAAACACGACACCUGCUCAGCUCCUACAAGCCGAGCAUCAAACGCGACGGCAACAUGCUGAGUACGUUCUACCCCUACAUACUCCUUCACGCCCUAUUGGAGUGUACGCCGGAGCAACAGGAGCACAUUGAAGAGGAGUUCCUGGCCGUCCUCCAAGCCAACGAACUGGGCGCGGGAUCUUCUCUACUCAAAGGUCAACAGGAGCUCGGGGCCGUCAAGGAGAAUGCUUUCAAAGUGUUCGAGUCCCGCAAGUAUGCCGCAGGAAUCAAACCUACAACUGGUAGUUCAGUCCUGGAGCGAAAGGAAGACUCCAGCCAUGUUCCACGCUUGGCUGGAAAGCUAUGCGCCGAGCUAUUGGACUUUCUUCAGCGCUGGUUGCGGGAGUGGGAGAGGAUGCACGGCCGAAGCACCGGCGGUAAGCCACCACAAACAGUAGAUGCCAAUUACCGGAAGAUCCACGAGUUCCUAGCCCAGAUCCCCAAGCUGUUGGUCUCCCAUGCCAGCUACAACUGCGGAGAGUAUGCCCGGGCACUCAGCUACCUAGAGAGCUACCUGGAGGAGGGCAAGGACGAAGAGAAGGGCAAGCGAUUGCUGGAGCAGUUCACAUUCCUAGUGGAGAUAUACGGAUCCCUCAGAGACUCCGACUCCGUGGAGGGAGCUGUGCAAGUGCGCAACUCCGACAUGAGCGUGACCCAGGACAUACUGGUGAACCGGUUGGUUGAGCGGCAGCAGGACAUGAUAACCUGUUACGAGCAGCUUUUAUCCAGUACUGAACAGCUCCAGCCGGAACAUGUGCGUGCCAUGGUGGACGCCUACCUGAUGGACACCCCCAAGACCGCCCAGCUCAUAGCCGACGGCCUGUGGCAGCGGCUCUCGGAUCGCUAUUCGGAGCAGUGCUUUGUGGAGUGCAAGUCUGAGUUGCUGUGGCGCCUGGGCAGCUACGACGAACUGGAGGAGCUCCAGUCGGGCCACAACUGGCCGGCUCAGUGCGCCCAGGGCUGCCUAGCCCUGCGCCAGCCCCUGACAACUUCCUCUCAGUUUGAAUCCCUUCUGGAUGGGAUGCGGGGAUCGGUGCUGGAGCAGCUGCGCAACUGCUCUGCCGUGCAGCAGCACUCCUACGCGAAUGCCUACGAUGCCGUGCUAAAACUGCACCUUGUCCAUGAGCUACAGUGCAGCCAGGCGUUGGUGGAGCAGCUGGAACGUGAAACUCUAGAGGAAGCUCAGGAGCAACUGAUGUCCUCGUACUUCGACGACUGGCAGCACCGGCUGCGGGUGAUCCAGCCCCAGGUCCGCAUCCAGGAGCCCGUCUACAGCUUCCGCCGGAAUUUGCUGUCGGAGUUGCAGCGCCGCCUGACGGAUCGCAAGCAUCUGCUGCCCCGUCUGCAAACGGAGCUGGCCAGGCUCUGGCUACACAGCGCCCAAAUCAACCGGAAUGCUGGCCAGUUGCAGCGUGCGCAGCUCUACAUUCUGAAGGCGGCCGAGUAUCAACCCACUGGCCUGUUCCUUGAACGUGCCAAGCUCCUUUGGCAGAAGGGCGAUCAGGUGAUGGCCAUCAACUACCUGGAGGAGCAGCUGUCCAUCAUGCGCGUCGCCUGCCAGGGCUAUGUCAAGCAGCUGGCUGCCGAUCAGAGGUAUCUCUACUUCCAGGGGAAGUACCUGCAGGCCGUCUACAGUGCCGAGUCCAUGCACUUGUGUGCCGACUCAGUGCUGAAGUAUUUCGAGGAGGCCAUUGCUGCCCAUCGGCAGUCGGAAAGCUGCUACUUGCAGCUGGCCCAGUUUCUGGAGAAGAUGCGCGAGGCCAAGCAGACGAGCAGCACGGGAAUCGACGAUGUACUGCUCCAGGUUUUGGUCAAUUAUGCAAAAUCUCUUCGCUACGGCAGCGAGCACGUCUACCAGUCGAUGCCACGCCUGAUCAGCCUCUGGCUGGACACGGCAGAGUCCUGCUCCAACCCAGACAUGAUCAAGAGGAUGAACGACUUGCUCACCAACUGCAGCAACGUCCUGCCGACAUCCAUGUUUUAUACCGUAUUCUCCCAAAUGCUCAGUCGCCUCUGCCAUCCAUCGGCCGAGGUGUUCACCGUGCUCCGCAACGUCAUCGUCCGCUUGGUGGAAGAUUUUCCGCAGCAGUCGCUCUGGAUGCUGUUGCCGCACUUCAAGUCCGCCACGGCAAACAGGAUCAAGCGAUCCAAGCUGAUACUCACCGACAGCCGUCUGCAAAGCUCCGAUUUCCAGAAGCUCCUCCACGAUUUCAGUGGUCUGGCAGAGCGACUGAUGGAUGUGACGAACAAAGAGGUGACCCUGGACCGGACCUACAAGCUGAGUGACCUGGACAGACGACUCACUAAACUGUGCAACCAGGCAGACUUCUCGGACAUCCUGUUGCCCUUCGAGAAGUAUAUGCAGCCCACUCUGCCCAUUAGCUCGGACGCUGCGUGUCCGUCUCCGGCACCAUUUCCAGCGAACUCUACCGCGAAACCCAACCUGUUUCCUUACCAGCAGAUCUACAUCAGUGGCUUCCAGGAGUCGGUCCUGAUCCUGCGAUCGGCGGCCAAGCCCAAGAAGCUGACCAUUCGGUGCAGCGAUGGAAAGCAAUACGAUGUGCUGGUCAAGCCCAAGGACGAUCUGCGUCGUGAUGCCCGUCUGAUGGAGUUCAACGGGCUGGUGAAACGCUACCUUCAUCAAAACGCGCCCGCCAGGCAACGCCGUCUGCACAUCCGGACCUAUGCAGUGCUGCCGUUCAAUGAAGAGUGCGGCCUGGUCGAGUGGCUACCCAAUUUGUCCUCCUACCGAAGUAUUGUGAUGAGCCUGUAUACCCAGCGGGGACAAGCCAAGUCCAGCCGCCAGUUGCACCAGAUGGCAGUGCCCGUCCACGACCCGCUGGAGCGCAAGAGAGACGUCUUCACCAAUCAGCUACUGCCGGCCCAUCCCCCAGUCUUCCAGGAUUGGCUGCGCCAACGCUUCGCCACACCGCACAGCUGGUACGAGGCACGGAACACCUACAUCCGCACCGUGGCCGUCAUGUCGAUGGUGGGCUACAUCCUCGGCUUGGGCGAUCGCCACGGAGAGAACAUCCUGUUCGAUGAGCGCAACGGCGACGCCGUUCACGUGGACUUCAACUGCCUCUUCAAUCAGGGUGAACUGCUGGCCUAUCCCGAGGUGGUUCCCUUCCGGCUAACCCAGAAUAUGAUUGUCGCCAUGGGUCCCUUGGGGGUGGAGGGCAGUUAUCGGAAGUGCUGCGAGAUCACACUCCGCCUGCUCAAGCAGGAGACCAAGACCCUGAUGUCCAUGCUGAGGCCCUUCGUCUAUGAUGUGGGCGCCCAGAUACGCAAUGGCGCCGCCACGGCCAAGAUAACCAGCGAUGUCCAGCGCAUCGCCGAUCGUCUGCAGGGUCAUGUUAAGAGACAGCAGGCUAACAGCAUUCCUCUCUCCACCGAGGGCCAGGUCAACUUUCUUAUAAACGAGGCCACCAAGGUGGAUAAUCUGGCUUCUAUGUACAUUGGAUGGGGAGCGUUCCUCUAAUCUUAGCUAGUAAUUAUAUUUAUUUGUCCUUGUUUUUAGAUGUAUAAGGAUAAUUAUUCCUUCGUUAAAUAUGGAGAAAAUGAAAAUAGAUUGUUAAGUUUUUAAAAGUUGAGAUUAUUACUGGGGUUGGAAGGUUUUCAACCUCAAUACACACGAUUUUUAAGGUCAAAUAAUUGUAAAUUGGAUAUUAAAACAGGAUAAAGAAACUAAGUUAUCCGAGGGAAAUAAGAAAUGAUAAAAACUAAAACA